UCCUCGCCGCCGCCCGCCGCCAUGGCGGCCGCCUUCCCCAGCCCCAGCCUGGCCUUCAGCUCCCACCUGGACCCCGCCGGCACCCCCCUUAGUGAGCUCUCCUGGUCCUCCUCGCUGGCCGUGGUGGCUGUUUCCUUCUCGGGCCUCUUCACCUUCAUCUUCCUCAUGCUGGCCUGUCUGUGCUGCAAGAAGGGGGACAUCGGCUUCAAGGAGUUUGAGAACGCCGAGGGGGAUGACUACGUGACGGAGCUCUCGGCCCAGGGCUCGCCUGCCCCCCAGCAUGGCCCCGAGGUCUACGUGCUGCCCCUCACCAAGGUCUCGCUGCCAAUGGCCAAGCAGCCGGGGCGCUCAGUGCAGCUCCUCAAGUCGGCGGACCUGGGGCGGCAGAGCCUGCUCUACCUGAAGGAGAUCGGGCAUGGCUGGUUCGGCAAGGUGUUCCUGGGGGAGGUGAACUCGGGCAUCAGCAGCACCCAGGUGGUGGUGAAGGAGCUGAAGGCGAGUGCCAGCGUGCAGGACCAGAUGCAGUUCCUGGAGGAAGCACAGCCCUACAGGGCCCUCCAGCACACCAACCUGCUGCAGUGCCUGGCCCAGUGUGCCGAGGUCACCCCGUACCUGCUGGUGAUGGAGUUCUGCCCGCUGGGUGACUUGAAGGGGUACCUGCGGAGCUGCCGGGGGGCAGAGGCCAUGGCCCCCGACCCCCUGACUCUGCAGAGGAUGGCAUGUGAGGUAGCCUGCGGUGUCCUGCACCUGCACAGGAACAACUACAUCCACAGUGACCUGGCCCUGCGGAACUGCCUGCUCACUGCAGACCUGACGGUCAAGAUCGGGGACUACGGGCUCUCACACUGCAAGUACAAAGACGAUUACUUCGUGACGGCCGACCAGCUGUGGGUGCCACUGCGCUGGAUCGCACCCGAGCUCAUCGACGAGGUGCAUGGCAACCUGCUCAUCGUGGAUCAGACCAAGGCCAGCAAUGUCUGGUCGCUGGGUGUCACCAUCUGGGAGCUGUUUGAGCUGGGCAGCCAGCCCUACGACCACUAUUCUGACCGGCAAGUGCUCGCCUACGCCAUUAAGGAGCAGCAGCUCAAGCUGCCCAAGCCCCAGCUGAAGCUGUCACUAUCGGAGCGCUGGUACGAGGUGAUGCAGUUCUGCUGGCUGCAGCCGGAGCAGCGCCCGACGGCAGAGGAGGUGCACCUCCUGCUCUCCUACCUCUGUGCCAAAGGGACCACGGAGGCUGAGGAAGAGUUUGAGAAGCGCUGGAACUCCAUGAAACCCAACGGCAGUGCCAGUGCCAGCCACCACGGUUCUGAGCUCUCCUCCUUCCCUCUGCUGGAGCAGUUCACAGCUGACGGCUUCCCCUCGGACGGGGACGACAUCCUUACUGUCAUGGAGACCAGCCAUGGCCUCAAUUUUGAGUACAAGUGGGAGCACACUAAGACCGAGCACUUCCAGGCACCCCUGGGCUCCCUGAGCCCCAGCAGUGCCGCCCGCUACCACGAGCUCUACUACCCGGCCACGACCGCCGGGCGCCUGAGCCUGGGGGUCUCCCCCUCCUGCUAUGAGUGCAAGCCAGCGGGCUGCCCCAGCCUGCCAGCACCUGGUGUGGUGCCCAUCCUGGGCACUCACAGCCCCUCUCUGGGCAGCGAGUACUACAUCCGCAUCGAGGGGCCCGGGGAGGGCAGCGCUGAGCUGGACUACGCCAUGUGCACCUACAGCCCUUCGGGCGAGCGGGGCUCCCCGCGCCCCCCGUCCUGCUGGAGUGCACAGGGUGCCCGUGGUGGCAGUGGUACCUAUGACUCUGACAGCAGCCCCGCCGUCUCCCUCAGCAUGGAGCCGCUGCUGGGCCAGGCGCCGGCAGCUGAAAGCUCUUGGGAGUGCGCUGAGUACUACCCCUACCCCUGCCCGGGGCAGGAGCCACGGGGCUACGAACCAUCCCCCAGCCGUGGGGCCGAGGGCUACCGGCUGGAGCAGGAGCCCCCCCAGCCAGGCAGCCAGAACUGGGCCAUCCCUGGUUUCCAGCCCGGCAUCUUCUCUGACCCGCUGGGCGUCUCCCCACCCGUGAACUGCGCCUACAGCCCCCGGGGGUAUGGGGAGCCACAGGCAACCCCCCAGGGUGGGCGGCCACCGGGGCAGAGUCUGGACUGCGUGACGCUGGAGCUGGGUGAGGACAGCCCCCCUGGGACCCCCUGCCCACCGCAGGGUGCCAGCCCCCCGUCUCCACGGCACCCCUGGGCCUCCAACAGCUCCUCCAACAACAACAUCAGCAGUGGCAGCCCGGCCUCCCGCCAGGCCUUGGCCGGCGACAGCUGGUGCUACCGCCGCAUGAUCACCUUCCGGGGGCUGAUGGCCAAGCCCUUGGGCACGGUGCCACGCGGCCAGCCCCAGCUCGGGGGGUCCCCACCGGGACAUGAUUUCCGCCGCCCACGGCAGGAUCAACCCCCUGCCACGGCCUGCAGCUCCUCCCCACCCCGCUCGCCCUCCCCGCAGCGUCAGGCCUGGCACGGCCGUGACUCAUCAACCUCCGGCCGCUCCUUGCAGGCAGCAGCGCUGGCUGGCAGCCCUGACACGCCGUGGGGCCCCGGCACAGCCCCGCCAGCCGGGGCCCAGCACGAUGCCCACCCGGAUGAGAGCGCCGAGGGGAGCAGCCCUGCCCGCAGCACCCUGCCCCACGCCGCAGCCGCACCAGGGACAGAGGAGGCCACCACCGUGGCUGGCACCGCCACCCCCAACCCUGGCCCCCCCGCCGACCCCAGUGUAGAUGGCGCCCAGCCUGCACCGGAGGCCUCUGAGCUGACUGCGUCAGUGCCAGGGGACGGCGGCGCCGAGGGUGGUGUGAGCACCGCUGGUGACACGGCCCACACACCAGACAAGACCUCCAGUACCAGCUUCCCCAGCGUGGAUGAAGGGAGCGAUGAGGACACGGCAGAGCUGACCUCUGGCGUCUUCACCGACUUCUCUGCAGACUACACAGAGCGGGUGGAGGCGGCCCCAGCACUCAAGUCCCUGCAGAAGCAGGUUGGGACACCGGACUCCCUGGAGUCACUGGACAUCCCCUCCACCACCAGCUCCUGUGAGGUUUUCAGCCCCACUGCCUUCACACCCGCCGGUCAGCCCAAGGCCCUCGACAGCGGCUAUGACACCGAGAACAAUGAGUCCCCCGAGUUUGUCCUCAAAGAGCCCCAUGAGCCCCGAGAGCCAGAGGCCUUCAGCCAGCUGGGGAAGCCACCCCCAGGGCUGCCGGGGGGUGAGGAUGAGGGGUCAGCCCCUGAAAUGCGGCUCUCCACCUCCCUUGGGGCCGAGCUGCACAGCCUCGCUGAGAAGAACCCCUACCGUGACUCUGCCUACUUCUCUGACUACGACGCCGAGGCUGAGCGCAGCCCCAAGGAUGAGGAGGACAGUGAUGGGUCCCGGACCCCAGAGGCAGAGGAGGGGCCCCGAUCCCCCCCACAGGACCUGGGGCGAGCUCCUGUACCAGGAGAGGACUCACUGCAUCCCCCAGGGGCACCUGGCAGCCCCCCGGCAGCACCUGGCGUUGCAGUGGCAGUGGACAUCCUGGCAGCGGGGGUUUCGGUGGGGGACCGGAGGGAGACAGUGGCUGGCAGUGUCCCAGCCAGUCCUACAGGUCAGGGGUCUGGCACUGAUCGGCGACCCGCUGGCACGGGGCCAGCACCAGGCAGCUCCCUGCACCCUGAUGGUGAUGCCUGUCCCCCAGGCUCUGUGCCACCCAAGACUUUCUUCUUGACCCCCGUGCUGGCAAGCCCUGGUGAACCGGUGCCCAUUGGGGGAAUCCAUGUGCCCGAGAAUGUCCCUGGACUUGAGGGAGCUGCAGUGGGGGGUGAACAGACUGUGCCCCCCACGCUGGGGCUUGGGCAGCCGGGGCUGCCACCAGAGGGGACUGGGGUGGGCGACGCGCCGGGGGGUCCCAGCACGCCGCUACCGGGGAGGGAGUCACCCCCAGGCCUCUCCCUGCUCCCGGCUGCCCCUGAGCACCAUGAGGAGCCAGAGGAGGAGGAGGAGGACACGGAGGACAGUGAUGAGUCAGACGAGGAACUGCGCUGCUACAACAUCCAGGAGCAGAGCGAGGAGAGCGAGGAGGAGCCGGUGGCUGUGCCCAUCGUGGUGGCUGAGAGCCAGAGCGGCAGGAACCUGCGCAGCCUCCUCAAGAUGCCCAGCCUGCUCUCUGAGUCCUUCUGUGAGGACCUGGAGCGCAAGAAGAAGGCCGUCUCCUUCUACGACGACGUUACCAUCUACCUCUUCGACCAGGAAAGCCCCACGCGGGAGCUGGCUGAGCAGAGCUUCCCGGAGCCCCCCCAGCCUUCGGGGCAGCCCCCUGUUGCCAGCAGCCCCCCCAGCCCGCCCCACAGGCUCGGUGCCUCAGAUGACUCCUCGGAUGGCAACGCCUCGGAAGAGAGCGGCGGCUUUGAGUGGGAUGAUGACUUUCCCCUCAUGCCAGUGAAGCCAUCACUGAUGUCCUCGCUGUCGGGGACGCCGGCAGAGCCCACCCCGGCCGUGCCCGCGCUGGUGCCGGUGCAGAAGCAGGUGCUGCCCAUCCAGUUCUCCCGGUUCACAGUGUCACCUGCUCCAGUAUCCCGGUUCUCCAUCACCCACGUCUCCGACUCGGACAUGGACUCCAUAGGAGGCAGCAGUGAAGACGGUGACCGGGAGUGAGCCAGCGGGGAUGCUGGUGCUGGUGGAAGACGGUGGGGCCCGGUGGAGGGUCCAGCCGGGGGCUCCCACCCCCCGCUCUGGAUUUUUUUAGGCAGAUUUUAUCGGAAGGAGCAUGUUGGCUGCUGCCAGCGGGAGCGGGGCCGGCGCGGGCCGGGGCCAGGCGCUUCCAGAGGGAAAUGGAAGUAAGCGGAGCUGAGCGAAACCUUGAAAUCAGGGCUGGUUCCUUUGGGGUCUAUAGACCAAACCCUGAGGUGAGAAAUGCCCCCCCCUUCCCUCCCCAGCCCCCUCAGCACCCCCAGUUCUGUGUCCUGCCACACACAGGGGGUGAGGACACACGCACAGCCACACGUGUGCACAGCCACACGUGUGCACAGCCACACACACGCAUGCACCCACGUGGGAAGGGGCUGGUGCAGGGGAGGGGGUGCUGCUCCUGCACCAUGGUGGUUCUGCAUUGUGCCCACUGCACUCGCCCGCCCUUCUCCCACCCUCACAGGCAGCCUAACCCUCUCCAUGCCCCUCUGCCCAGGAGGCAGACAGGGUUCUGGGACCUGUCCCCACCUUCAGCCCUAAAAUCUAGGGCUGCUGUGCCUGCUCCAUACCCUCCCCCUCGUUGCCAUUUGCUUCUCCCAGGCAAGCCCCUGAUGGCAAUUAGUGCUUUAUUUAAGUGUUUUACUUAGGCUCAACCUGCCCUGUACCUCCUUCCCCCCCUCAGCCCCCAGCCCCAGUGCUCCUCCCACAAGCUCUUUGCCAAAUUCUUUGCAUCCUUGGGGGGAGCAUCACCCUGCACCACCAGUGGCAUAGGGCACAGCACCCAUGGGGGGGUGUUGGUGGGCUGCAGCCUUUGGAGAAGCAGGAUGUGCCUGGUGGGGGGUGUCUGGGAUGCCCUUCCCAGAGCACUCUUCUGCAGCCUCCCCAUAUUGCAGGGGGCUUUGCUUUGCACUGCACGGGGGGAGGUUCUUCUCCCUGGCACUCUCCUCUCACCCAGGGGCUGCAGUGCUGGUCCUGACCCCCCCCGCUCCACUCCUUUUAUCCCCCGGCCCCCCCAUCAGCCAGGUUUGGUCUAUGGCGCCGCAGGUCCCUGCCUCUGGAGGGCAGCAGGAGCCCAGAGCUGUGGCUUGGAGAGGUUUGGGUUUUGUUUAGGGGUUUUUUUUGGGUUGGUUUUUUUUUUUUUUUUACUUAAUAGAAAGGCUAUUAUUAUUACAUUGUCUAUUUUAUCAAUACGGGUCAUAAUUGCUGUAUUUUUUAUCAGUGCUGAUUUCCAUACAGCUCCCAGCAUGUGUGUCAAAUAUCAUCGGGCCAAUAAUAAUAAAGUUUUUAAAAUAUCUUAA